CGUAACUGUUGCUGCAUUCAUUUUCUGGUUGGAACUAGGGAACUCGGAAAUGUCCGACUUGCUAAUAGUUUAUAGUUAUACACGUGCCGCGUUCAAUCAGUUUGCAAGUUGGAAUUUUCGAGUUUCCUAGUUCUGAAUAGCACGUAAACGCGGCAUGUAUACCGCCUUGUCGAAACCACGUAGUUAUGGCGGCGUGCUGUCCAGUUCCGGAUUUGUUUGAACUGCAGGUUCUGGAGGGAAGAGGCUGGGGUCCCGACUCAACCGGAGUCUCUCGGGCUGUACCGCUAUUUGUGCCUAGAAUACUGUUUGAGUGACUGUCAGAAUGCUGAAGACCCGUCAGUGUUUACUUGGCAUUCGCACUUUCCUCGGAGUGACGUCUAGAAUAUGGGGGUUUAUUCUGUACAUACUCAGGAAACAUUUAAGGACGGUAAUCCAGUACCAAACAGUACGUUAUGACACARUACCUCUGUCGCCUGUGUUCAUAAACCGACUCAAUGCCGUUAAGAGGAAGAUUCUGGUGCUGGACCUCGACGAGACCCUAAUUCACUCCCACCAUGACGGGGUGAUGAGACCCACAGUGAGACCAGGCACUCCCCCAGACUUCAUCCUAAAGGUGGUAAUCGACAAACAUCCUGUCAGGUUUUUUGUACAUAAAAGACCGCAUGUGGACUUCUUCUUAGAAGUGGUAAGUCAGUGGUAUGAGCUGGUGGUUUUCACGGCCAGUAUGGAAAUCUAUGGCUCAGCUGUGUCUGACAAGCUAGACAAGGACAGGGACAUCCUGAAACGAAGAUACUACAGACAGCACUGUACGUUGGAUCUGGGUAGUUAUAUUAAAGAUCUUUCUGUGGUGCACAGCGAUCUAUCUAGUGUAGUCAUCCUGGACAACUCGCCCGGGGCCUACCGCAGCCACCCUGACAACGCAAUACCCAUCAAGUCGUGGUUCAGCGACCCAAGCGACACGGCUCUUCUGAACCUGCUACCCAUGCUAGACGCUCUGAGGUUCACCUCAGAUGUCCGGUCCGUCCUCAGUCGAAACCUCCAUCAGCAUCGGCUGUGGUGAUUCGCCAGCCUCAGCAGCUCCACGUCCUCUUUUUAGAAUGCCUUCUCUGCUGGUUGUUGAUCCACCAACACCCCCCCGCUCAGCCCACAUCUCCCCCAGCUCCGUGGUGUGACCCCUUUUAAGAAGGGUGAGGACAAAGACUGGGGACCACAAAUUCCCGAGGGGGAAGCUACGUAUAAGGAAGGAAAACAAAAGUGGAGAGGGRAAACUUAUUUUUAUUUUUCCGGAAUGGAAACUCUUGCCUUAAAGUCCUUGGAUUGUGGGAGUGCAUGUUGAGUGUGUUUGUGUAAACAUGUGAGAGUAUGCUUGCAUUAGUCACUUUUUUUGUUGUUGAUGAAAUAUGAAAUCUUUUUAACUAUUGACUAUGGAAAUACUGAUUUUGAGACAAUGAAGAAACCAGUCCUUCCUUAUUUCCGAAAAAUGACUUGAAUGUUGUGUAGUUAAUACAGAAGUAAGAUUUUGACCCUACUUCUCCAUCCACAGAGCAAAGUUAAGUUUUAUUUUCAUCAAGCUUUGUAUUCAUGAGCAUGUUUUCUUCCUUGGACUUUUUCAAGCKUGAUCUACUCCCAUUCUCUUUAAACCAUGUACCAUGUACACUUUAUCCCAUUUCCUUCAAUGUAACUCCAACAUCCUGGCCCAUUGGAAAAAUGUAAGCUAAGGCCUUUGGCGGGUUUCUUUCGGUCAGACAUCAACUCGAUCAGUUUCCAAUAAAUUGCUUGGCAUCAUACUAUUUCACUGACCUUAA